AUGGAAACCAAGGAUGGCCGAAAGAUUAACAAUUACCUCUUGCGCGAAGAAAUUGGACGCGGUGCAUUUGGUACAGUCCAUCUAGGCAUAGACACUGACACCGACAAAAGCUAUGCUAUAAAAGAGUUUAGCAAGUCGCGCCUUCGCCGUAAGGAACGUUCAGAUAUGCUCAGACAAUCAGGAAGACCCGGAAUGGGUGCCGGAAAGCCCUCGAACCCGCUUGAUCUUGUCAGAGGUGAAAUGGCCAUUCUCAAGAAACUCAAUCAUCCUCACGUCGUGAAGCUUUUCGAAGUCCUGGAUGAUCCAAAUGAUGAUUCACUUUAUAUGGUGUUUGAAAUGGCUCAAAAGGGUGUUUUAAUGAAGGUUGACGUGGAUCAAGUAGCCAAACCUUAUUCAAAUGAUGAAGCUCGUCGUUACUUUCGAGAAAUGAUACUUGGAAUUGAAUACCUUCACAACAAUGACAUUGUUCAUCGAGAUAUCAAACCCGACAACCUGUUAUUGUCUAGUGGUGGAAUGUUAAAAAUCGUCGAUUUUGGUGUAUCCGAGAUGUUCAAAGGCAAUGAUGACAAACUCAAAAAGUCGGCAGGAAGUCCUGCAUUUAUGGCCCCAGAGCUGUGUAUAGCUCAUCACGGAGAAAUUUCCGGAAAGGCUGCCGAUAUCUGGUCAAUGGGUAUCACUCUUUACUGUCUCAUUUACGGCAGACCUCCCUUUAGAACGUCCAGUUUGGUGGAUCUUUUGGACAUGAUAAGGGAUGAUCCUAUCCAUUAUGAAAAAUCUACUGAUCCUGAUCUCCUUGAUCUAUUCUACAAAUUACUUGAAAGAGACCCUAGCAAACGUAUCACCAUGCUGGAAAUGAGAAAUCACCCUUGGGUAACUAACCGUGGCAAGCUGCCAAUGAUCACAGAAGAAGAGAAUUGUCGCGCUCUUGUUACUGAAAUAACUGAGGAAGAAAUGGCCAAUGCUAUCAAGAGUGUUGCCAAUAUCUUUACAGUCGUAAGUAUCCAAUGUAGAUACAAAAGAGAGAAAAAUAAAAAAGAGGUCUGA